UAAACCCAUCGGUCCCCUCCCUCAGGCCGAAGCCUCGCCUCCCCUGUUCUACCCUUCCAACACCAAUGUCCUCCUCCCCCUCCUCCCCCGUCAACGGCGACCACCGCCACCACUCCGGCGACUUCGCCUCCUUCUUCGAAACCUGGCUCUCCGAACAAAACCGCGACCUCAACUCCCUCCUCACCGCCUCCACUCCUCCCCCCCACACCCCCGACGAAGCCGCCGCCCAAAACCACCAUCUCCGCCCCCUCGUCUCUGCCGUCCUCCGCCGCUACGAAGACUACUACCAAGCCAAACAAGCCUCCGCUCGCCGCAACGUCCUCCCCAUGUUCACCCCCUCAUGGACCAGUUCCACCGAAAACCUCCUGCUCUGGUGCGGCGGCUGGCGUCCCUCCAUGGUCUUCCACCUCCUCUACUCCAAGUGCGGAAUCCAAGUGGAAUCCCACCUCGAAGACCUCAUCGGCGGCGCGAUAACAUGGAACCUAGCCGACGUUGAUGCAGAGCAGCUCCACCGUAUUGAUAAACUGCACCAGGGGACGUUGAAGCGGGAGAAGGAGAUAACAGAGGAGGAGGCUUCGGCGCAGGAGAAGGCGGCGGAUGAGGAAAUGGUGGAGCUUUGUCAUGUUAUGACGGUGAUGGGAGGUGGGGUGGAGCAGAUGGAGGAGGAGAUGGAGGGGAAGAAGGAGGCCAUGGAGGAGGUGUUGAAAAAAGCGGAUUUUUUGAGGAUUGAGACGUUGAAGGGAUUGGUGGAGAUACUGCGGCCGAUACAGGCGGUGCAUUUUCUUAUUGCGGCGGCGGAGCUGCAUCUCAGAGUUCAUGAGUUUGGAAGGAAGAAGGAUAGGGAUAAGAGAGGCGACGCGCCGCCGGCGAGCGCGGAUGCUUGAGCGGCGGCGGAGGUAUGAUAAUUACAUAUGUACCCAGAUGAAGUAUUGAUAUUUACAAAUUUACUACCCAGGUGAAAAGACGUACCCAGAGCUUCGUACGUCGGGAUGUUAUUCAGAGGGCACAGGGAGUUAUAUCUGGGUUAUACCUCUUGUAAUCUUACUAUAACUCACAUUUAACCUACAAAUAAAUUUCGUGUUUCUAUAAAUCUGGAGGUACAAGUUACAGGGAGAUUAUGGGGUGAUAACACAGAUGUAACACUUAUAUUCUCUGAAUAAACGCAAAAGUUUUCCGAAAUAGGAGGGUUAGAUUUGUAAAUAGCAAGUUUUGGGGGGAUGUAUGUAACUGCCACUUGUUUUUUUAUUGACUGAUAAUUAUUAUUAGUGGGGGA